AAAUUUGUCCUAGCAUAUGGGACGAGGAAUGUGCCUUUAUCUUUGUGUCUUUCAGAGUAUUUAUUAAAUCAACCAGCAAAUGUACGAAAAUAUGUCUAAGAGUUAUUUUAAAGAUAUUUUUGUUCUUACUGAUUAUGUGAUAGUAUAGGUAUCAAUGUAAGAUCCAUGGCUAAAUCAUUAUGAAGACGUUUGCGCUAAACAAUCGUAAAGCAAUUCCAACGUUUCCAUGGCACGAGACAGAUUUCAAAAUCUUUAGCAGCUACUGAUUAUUGUAUUCAUUGUGUCUGUCUCCCAGAAGGAGGAAAUGGUUUAAUUGUUGAAAUGUAAUUAACUCACACUGCGCCAAAUACGUCUAAAAACAGACCAUGUAGUAUCCUUUAGAAUACAACCCAACCACACCACCUACUAGCUUCAGCCACACCUAAAAAAAAAAUAAAAAUAAAAAAGACAAACAUGCAAGACUAUCUGAUACGUAGGGUUCGCGUUACCCAGAUUUAGAAACGCUGCUGCUGAUAAGAAGUAAAAGCUUAAGACUGACAUUGACAUCUGUAACAGUAAAAACCUGGUUAAAUAAUGUUUCAAGGCAAACAUAAUAUAAACUAAAAGAAAAAUUCAUGAACAAAUACUUCAAGACAACAAAAUGGGAACACAGUUUCUGUCCUGGGUUUUGUUUUAAAACCUAAUCACACUUCUUUGUACUGGUUGAUUAUAAGAAAAAUAAAAUGUGUAUGCAUAUACAUACCACACUAGUAGACAAUACGGUCCAUUGUGUUGUAAAGUCACCUUUGAAAUGUCCCAACAGUUACAUAAGGUGACACUGUACAGAAAACAAUCACAAGAAAGCGAUGUCUUUUGUUAAAAAUUCGUCCAGUCUUCCAGAUUUGGCAGCUUCUAACGAAGUUUCUGAAAAUAAUGGGUUAUUAUCUGAUCAUCUGAAUGGUCACCUCAAAGAGGGACCAGAUGCUUUCAUCAAUGAUAGAUUUGAGAACAAACUUCUGACCAAUCCCAGGAGGUUAUCUGAUGAUGUAGAUAACAGUCAGUCAUUUUUUGCAUCUCCUCCACUACUGAGCAGUAACACAACGUCAGCCAGCAGUAUAAUCAUAGAAGAUGGGACUGUGAAAGUGAAGAGAAAGCUUGGUCUGCUGUCUGGUACUGCACUCAUUGUAGGGACUAUGAUAGGCUCAGGCAUCUUUAUAUCCCCCAAAGGUGUUAUUGCUGGCACAGGCUCGGUAGCUCUAAGUCUUAUUGUUUGGGUCGCUUGUGGCUUCAUUUCAUUGUUUGGAGCACUGGCCUAUGCAGAACUGGGAACGCUUAUCUCAAAGUCGGGUGCUGAGUAUGCCUAUCUACUGGAAGCUGGGAAAGUUUUUCCUAAGUGCUGUGCACCAAUACCAGCAUUUUUAUUCUCCUGGGUUUCUAUAUUUGUGCUAAAACCUUGUUUGUUUGCUGUCAUUUCCCUCAGCUUUGGAAUUUAUGCUGUUGAACCUUUCUACCAUGGAUGUGAAGUACCAAUGUCACUUGUGAAACUCAUUUCUGUACUCUGUAUAUGUCUGGUUGCUGCUGUCAACUGCCAUAGUGUUACAUUGGCAACCAAAGUACAGAAUUUUUUCACGAUGGCCAAAUUACUGGCAAUAGCAGUCAUAGUGAUGGGAGGUUUUAUUAUGAUUUUUAAAGGUCAUACAGAAUAUAUUAAUGAAGGAUUUGAAGACACUUCUAAAAAUCCUUCUUCUAUUGCUUUGGCAUUUUAUGAUGGUCUGUGGGCAUAUGAUGGUUGGAACAAUUUGAACUAUGCAACAGAAGAACUAAAAAAUCCUUAUGUCAAUCUACCAAGAGCUAUAAUGCUGGGGAUUCCCCUUGUCACCCUGUGCUAUUUGCUGACAAACCUCUCCUAUUUAGCUGUCAUGUCCAAAGAAACUUUAUUAGCAUCCAAUGCAGUUGCAGCUACAUGGGGUGCAGAAGUUCUGGGAGCAGCAGCUGUAUUGAUACCAAUAUUUGUAACACUCUCUACAUUUGGAGCUGCUAAUGGAUCUUGUUUUACUGGAGGAAGGCUUAUUUAUGCUGCAGCAAGGGAAGGACAUUUGCCAGAAGUAUUUUCAUACAUUCAUGUCAAAAAAGGAACUCCACUACCAUCACUAUUGCUAACUACAGCUGUGGCUAUAAUGAUGAUGAUCCCUGGUGACAUUUUCAGUCUCAUUGAUUUUUUUAGUUUUGCUGCAUGGCUAUUCUAUGGAGCAACUAUGGCUGCAGUGCUAAUACUGCGUUAUAGUCUACCAGAUGUACCAAGGGUGUAUAGGGUGCCAACUAUAAUGCCAGUCUUGGUGUUGAUAAUAUCCUGCUACCUAGUACUAGCACCCAUUAUACAGCAACCUAGAAUCGAGUUUUUUUAUGCAACACUUUUCAUUCUGAGUGGCUUAUUGUUUUAUAUACCCUUUGUUGGAUUGAAAAUCAAAAUCAAAUAUUUAGAACCUUUGACAACCUUUAUUCAGUGUGCCCUAGAAGUUGCCCCAAGCAGAUAUGAACCUCCAGAAUAAACAUAAACUGCUGCCAUGAAUGAAAUCCUUGAAUUUUAAUUGUUUCGUUGGAAAAGACUUAUUACAAUUUCUUACAAUUUACUCUAUCUUUCUUAAGCUAGAAUAAGAUGAGGAUUUGUAAACUCAAUUU